AUGCCACCUGCUCGAUCUCGAAACAUCGACGAUUCGAGAUCCGAAACUUCGAGCACAAUUACCAAUCAAAAAGAAAAGUCGUUAUUUGGGCCGGCAAGCGGUUCAGGAGUGUCGAAAGGGAGGCGUGUGGUAUCAAGCGCGCUGAACGGCUCAAGCGCAGGAAACAAAACUUCUACCAAUGGUGCAGCAGCUCCUUCAGCCUCAGCCGUGACAGAUGGGGAUCAAGACCUAAACCUCCCUCAAACCGAUUGGGCGACCAUGCCCACAUCCAUCCUCCGUACUUAUCGAAUCGCCCAUCGCCUCCCAGUACCUUCAGCAUUCAAUCACCCCCACGCUCAAAUAACAUACAUGUCCUCCCAAACCGCCUUACGAGCACCUUCUGCCGUCCAUGCGCGUCGGAAACUUCGUGACCAGAAGUACCAACGACGAAAACAACAAGAAUUGAUGACCGGGAUAAGUAAGGGCGGUAAAUCUCAAGAGAAAAGUAAAGAUACAAAUACAGGAAAACAGUCAAACACAGCGCCUUCUAUUGCCCAAUCCAUCGAACUUCCCGACCAUAGUACCAACCAAGGACAUCCACCUUCCUCGCCCUCCACUGCCUCGACAACGUACCUAGGCCCACGCGAGCCAGCUUCCAACCUUGCCACUGCCGUCCGCAAACACUUUAACGCCCGGCAAUUGAGCGAGGUAGAUACUAUUGCCAGGUUUAUCUACGUGGUCCAACAGAAUGGUAGGGCUGUGAGGACGGAAGGAUCCGGCGGUGACGGCACGGGCUACUGGAUGGGCAGUCACGGCCGCGCGGUCCGAAAGAUCGAUGGUCCAGGUGGUGAAGUUGGGUUCAGGCUGAGGUUUCACCCGUGA